AUGAUUUGGAGUAUUGGGAAGCUGAAAUGGAUGAUUCAGUUUGGAUUAUGUUUUAUGAGUUUUGGAUUUGUUUCAGUUUCAGGAUCAUUCUCCUUUGAAAUUCACCAUAGAUUCUCAGAGCAAGUCAAGACCGUUCUUGGUGGCCAUGGCUUGCCUGAAAUGGGAACUCUCGACUACUACGAGGCCUUGGUUCAUCGGGAUCGAGGUCGCCGACUAACCUCUAACAACAAUCAGACGACUGUAUAUUUCGCUCAAGGCAACUCCACCAAAGAAAUCAGUUUUCUACAUUAUGCGAAUGUGACGGUAGGGACACCGGCUCAAUGGUUCUUGGUGGCUUUAGACACAGGAAGUGAUUUGUUCUGGUUACCUUGUAAUUGCAAUUCCACUUGCGUACGGAGCAUGGAAACCGACCAAGGCGAGAGGAUAAAGCUCAACAUCUACGAUCCAACCAUAUCAACAUCAAGCUCAAAGGUUCCUUGCAAUAGCACACUCUGUGCAUUAAGAAAUAGAUGUGUUUCUCCGCUCAGUGAUUGUCCUUACCGAAUUCGAUAUCUCUCUCCCGGAAGCAGAAGCACAGGUGUAUUGGUGGAGGAUAUGAUCCACAUGAGCACAGAAGAAGGAGAAGCCAGAGAUGCUCGCAUCACAUUCGGAUGUAGUGAGUCCCAACUAGGGUUGUUCCAAGAAACGGCUGUAAAUGGUAUAAUGGGACUUUCAAUAGCCAACUUAGCGGUUCCAAACAUGUUGGCUAAAGCCGGUGUGGCUUCAGAUUCUUUCUCAAUGUGUUUCGGUCAUAAUGGGAAAGGAACAAUUAGUUUCGGAGACAAAGGAAGCUCAGACCAGCUUGAGACUCCAUUGAGUGACACUCUUUCUUCGCAGUUUUACGAUGUGAGAAUCACCAAAUUCAAGGUGGGAAGAGUGACGGUGGAAACAGAAUUCGAUGCGAUAUUCGACUCUGGCACGGCGGUUACAUGGCUGGUCGAGCCUCACUACACCUCUCUAACCACAAAUUUCCAUCUCUCUGUACCAGACAGACGACUUCCGGCAACUGCAAGGAAUCCCUUUGAGUUCUGCUACAUUAUUACAUCAGCUACAGAUGAAGAUAAGAUUCCUUCACUUAGCUUUCAAAUGAAAGGAGGAGCUACGUAUAAUGUUUUCAGCCCCAUACUUGCAUUCGUCACCUCCAAUGGUGUAGAAUUCUAUUGCUUAGCAGUCUUAAAAGAAGUUACUGCCGACUACAACAUCAUUGGACAAAACUUCAUGACCAACUACAGAAUCGUCCACGAUCGCGAGAGAAUGAUCUUGGGAUGGAAAGAAUCUGAUUGUAACGAUGAGAACCGUUUUACAGGACCUAACGCAUCAGCGAAACCGCCAUCGCUGCCGCCAACGCCGUCUUCAAGACCCAAAAGCCCUUCCACUCGCCUAAACCCUCUCACUGCAUCUUCAGUUUUCAUCAUCCUCCUCUGUUUCUUUUCUUUUCUAUAUAUCUGA